GGCCAGAAGCCACGCAGCUGACUGCAGUCCAUUCUGGCCAGCACCAUGGCCAAGACCCCUGGUGAUCAUCUGCUGAACACCCUGGAGGAGCUGCUGCCCUAUGACUUCGAGAAGUUCAAGUUCAAGUUGCAGAACACCAGCCUGGAGAAGGGCCACUCCCGGAUCCCCCGGGGCCUUCUGCAGAUGGCCAGGCCGGUAAAGCUGGCCAGCCUGCUGCUCACCUACUAUGGGGAGAAGUAUGCCGUAAGGCUGACCCUGCAGAUACUGAAGGCCACCAACCAGCGUCAACUAGCCGAGGAGCUUCGCAAAGCCACGGGCCCAGAACAUUUAACGGAAGAAAAUAGACCUGGUGGUUCUGCUCAGUCUUCCGGAGACACUAAGCCCAAGAGUGUGAAAGCGCCAGAUAUCCCGGAAGGUGAUGGGACCAGGCCGAGUGCUGACGGAUCACAGAACCUGCCACCCAGCCAGUCUGAAGUAGAGAAGGGGUCCCAGAGGAAGUCUCAGGUCAAGAGGAAGGAUCAGAGGGGUCCUGAGAGCCUGGACUCACAGACCAAGCCAGGGGCCAAGAGUGCAGCACCGCUCUAUAGAAGAGGCCCGGGCACCACCCAGUGCCCAGGGAACAAAGGCAGCGAGGCAAAAGCCCAGCUCCGCAGGAAUGCCAGCUCUGCAGGAAGGCUGCAGGGACUCUACAACAGUAGCCCCGGGAGGAGAGAAAGCAAGAAUGCUGAAGCGUAUCUGCCUUCAGGAAAGCAGCGACCCAGAAGUCUUGAGAUGACCACUUAUUCAAGCAAAGGAGAACCCCCAGGUCCAGAAGCUCUUCUGGCUCCAGAGGAAACAAUGACUUUGAAUCCACACUCGUCCCCUGGUCCCAUGAAGGUAGCCAUCCUGAAUGAAGAGACUACUCCAGUUCUAGAAAAGAGCUCAGGAAAUCCAGAACCUUCCAUGGUCCCCAAGGAAGAAACACUCAAGAACAUCCUUUCCAAAACAUCGUUGACUGGAGAGAAGAAUCGCACUAUGUCCUUGAAGGAAAAUGAAACUGAAAGACCAGAGACCCCGGAGAGUUCGGGAAAGACGGCUGGCAGUUCAUUCUGUGAGUCCUGCAAUUCAGAAAUGCCUUUGUCAUUAUGGGAAAACGCAGCCCAAACUCCAGAAGACCCGGCAGCUUGUAAAGGAAGGUCACAGAACAAGGCUGCAUGUCCUCUUUGCCACACCCGGGAAGGAGACCCACACGGUGGUACCUGUGUGCAGAGUUCCUUCAGCGGUUCCAUUGCUCCUGAGGAUCCCAAGGCCCCAGACAGAUGCUCAUCCAUAUGCAUUCAGUGCCAAAGCUCACUUGCAGGAAAGCACUGUGGAGACCAGAGCCCCCAGUCCCUACCGCAGUGCCCACGUCACAUGAAGCAGGUGCAGCUGCUCUUCUGCGAGGACCACAGGGAGCCCAUCUGCCUCAUCUGCAGGCUGAGUCAGGAGCAUCAAGGCCAUCGAGUGCGUCCCAUUGAGGAGGCUGCACUGGAGUAUAAGGAGCAAAUCCAGAAGCAGCUGGAGCUUCUGAGGGAGCUGAGGGGAUGUGUGGAGCAACACAGACUACAGGGAGACAAGAAGACAGAGAACUUCCUGAAAGAAACCGAAAUCCAGCAGCAGAGGGCUUCCUAUCAGCUUGAGAAGCUAUACCAGUUCCUGGAGCAGCAAGAGCAACUCUUUGUGGCCUGGCUGCAGGAGCUGGGCCAGACCAUUGGCAAGGUCCGAGAGACACAUGACACCCAGGUUUCCCGAGACAUUGCCCUCUUAGAUAAACUGAUUGGAGAACUGGAGGCCAAGCAAAACCAGCCAGAAUGGAAGCUCAUGCAGGACAUUGGAGUCACAUUGCACAGGGCCAAGAUGGUGACUGUCUCUGAGCCACUGGCCACUCCUCCAGAAGUCAAAGAAAAGAUCCACCUGCUCUACCAGAAAUCAAAGUUUGUGGAGAAGAGUAUGCAGAACUUCUCAGAAACACUACGCUCUGAGAUGGAGACAUUCGAUGGUGUGGCUGUAGCAAAAUGCAGAGGGCACCAGCCUAGCAUGCCACGGACCCAGGGUUCAAUGCCCAGCGCUUACCUAAAGUGGGAUGCUGGAAACACACAGGACUAUGAUAUUGUACUGUACCCAGAAGUGGAAGCUGGAGGAGCAGGAUCUCAGGAUGACCUUCAGCCCCAGCAAGCUCAAGGCCCGCCUGAGCUACAGGAGACCAACAAACGAAAAACCCGCUCUUUCCUGAAAUGGAAGCCUUUAUUUUUCCAGAAGUGAUUGUUGCUCAGGAACGUGCCGACGGAGAGAACCUUGGGAGAAGGUUGCCACAGAUCCCCAGCCCAGUUGGUGGCCUUGCUCUUCCUGCAGUUUCUGGGAUUCUGACCUAGCAACUGCUCACUGCUGCCUCAACUUCUCUGCCAGGAAGAGUGUGAGAUUUGGAAACAAGUCAUACCUGCUGCCUGACAGUCCCCAGAGAUUCUAAAGUCACAUCAUCAUCCUGGAUACGCCUAGCUUUGACCCCAGCUGCCAUCACUCGGAAGUGGAGUUUGAGAUGAGACUGCCGGUCCUGGGAGCAUGGGAAGCAGCGGCAAGUAGGGAACUACAACUCUGCAGGAAAAUACAACGGGGUGACAACGGUGGCAAAGCAACAGGAAUCCACUUCUCUCCCUACUGUGAAAGGGGCACACAGCUAGGAACAUUCUCUUUACAGCAUGACAGCCAGAUCCCACACCUACAGUUCACCAGCGUCUCCUCCUCCAGUUCCCUUCAACCUGGGGCACAGGGUGAAGGGAAGAACAAGGCUCUUCUGAUCCAGUCAGACCGGAGACUGCAGAGUGCCCAACACUUUCCCUCCAUUCUGGCCCCCGGUCUUCUGUCUUGCUUUCGUGCACUCAGCAGUCAGUAACAAGGUAUCAGCUGAUAUAAGGGAUGCAAUAAACAAGAAAAUAACAUUUGGCUGGAUGUGGUGGUGCAUGCCUGCAAUCCUAACAGCCUGGGAGGCUGAGGCAGGGUGGUGCCUGUGAGUUUGGGUCUAGCCUGUUGGAUUUCAGGUUAUUUUGACUGUGGCCCAGCAUCCAUACAAAAAUAAAGAAAAUAAUGCUGGGGCCUGUAUUAGUUAGUACCCCUGGUGCUGUAAUAAAUGCCCCAUCAAGAGCAACUUGGAGAGAAAGCCUUUAUUCUGAUUCAUAGUUCAAGAGUUUUGUACUUCAUGGCAAGUCAGUUACAGUGGCAGGAACUAGAGGCAGAGAGUCACAUCGCAUCCGUCAAGAGGCAGAGAGUGACGAACUUUGAAAGCCCAUCUUCCUCCUCUGUUAUGCAGUCCAGGACACAACUCUAGCGCAGGUUGCCACACAGAUUACAGGAAGGGUAUUCCCCGGUCAGUCAGCCUCAUCAAGAUGCCCUCUCUCAAUCGCGCCCGGAGGCUUGGCCCUUGAGCGAGCACACAGCUUGUGAGUUGAAACCUUCAGAGUGGGCAAGAAGCAUACCAAAAACUCGCAGAGACACUCCAACACUAUCGAGCAAAGGUGAAGACGGCACACACAGAAACGACACGCAGUGGCGUUCAGAAGAGGAAGUACAUGGCUGCUGGGAAGUCCUGCAUGAGUCAGUACUCUCAGAGGACUCGGGACAGAAGACUCCACUUCACUUUCCCUCCUCGGCAAGAAUACGUCCUGUCUGCCCUAGUCGAAAGGACACAGAAAGCCUACAGACACUAAAUCUACACAGGCUCCAAGAGGCGCACACACUCUUCCUGUCUCUUUGGUUCUCACUCUUUUCUCAUGUUGGUUUUUCUGAGACAGGGUUUCUCUAAGUAGCCCUGGCUGUCCUGGAACUUGUUCUAUAGACCAUGCUGGUCUCAGACUCACAGAGAUCCACCUGCCUCUGCCUCCCGAGUGCUGGGAUUAAAGGUGCACACCACCACUGCCCAGCUCAGUUCUCACUCUCUGGGUUUUGAAGGUGCCAUCUUUAAAGGCUCCACCACAUUCGGCUCUCCAUAUCAUGCAUUGUAUGGCCAAUGCUCUCCCUCCAUCUCAAGGUCCGAUCAUGGCCAUGAGACUCUUAUAUUCUAAAUCUCAUCCCUGAAGGGAAUUAUGCAUCAGCUUCCUUUCAGGCAGACUGCUGCUAUUCUUAUCAUUAUCAAUGCUGUAUUGUAACUUGCCUUUUUAAUUUAUUCUAUUUAUUGGCUGUAUUGUAUUGUACUACAUUAGCAUGUGAUUUAACCACAGCUCUGAAGGUAGGCUGUACAUGUUUUACUAGAUAACAAUAUCACUCUUUUGCGUGUGUGCGUUUGUGUGUGUGUUUGCAUGAAUGUGUAUGGUGUGCCUGUCUGCAUGAUGGCUGUACAUAUAUGUGUAAUGCCUGUAUAUGGCACCUGCAGAGCAGAGAUCAACCUCAGCUCAUUCCUCAGACGCCGUCCUUUCUGUUUGUUUGUUUUCUGUUUUUUAGCGCAGAGUCUCUCAUUGACCUGAACCUGGCUAAGUUAAGCAGGAUGGCUGGCCUGUAAGCCGCAGGGACUCCCCCAUCUCUGCUCCCCCAGCACUGGGAUUAUGUCUAGCUUUUUUUUUUAACAGUAACAACAACACACGCACACAUGUUUCCUACUGUUUGCUCAUUUAAGUUUUGUAUAAUAAAAUGUAAGCAGAUACCUCCCAAAAAUUGUCGUUGCCAGUUUUCAUACUCUGUUUUAAUCCACGGUUAAGUGAGUCAGCUUAAAAAGAAAAAACUUCGACAUCCUACUAGAGGCUGUCAUUUCAUUCAUGGAGGUGGGGGGACAGGACAGCCCUAACCUGGAUGACACUAUGCCUUUGCCUGCCCAGAAAUGAACUGCUCUAGCCCAGUCAUUGGAGUGCUCAGACCUGAGUAAUUUACACAGGUCCCCUGUGACUAAAGAGACUUAAUAUGGAGCCCGCAUCUCUUAAGGGUUCUGGGAUGCCUGGGAGAUUCUAGUGGUCUUCAGGUGAAAUACUCUAGGAUAAUGGGCUGCGGGGUAUUAACUGUGGGGUAUUAACGGGGCUGUCUUUUCUGCUGUAAACACUGUUUAUCUCUAUGGGAAAGCGACGGAAUGAGCUCUUUAUUACUAGACAGCGGCAAAGGAACAAACAACUGAGGGAAGUAGAAGUUUUCCUGCCCAACUGUGGAUUCCGUGGGUAUCUGUGAUGCACGCCUUUGUGAUGUCUGCCCUAAAACCCCACU